GGUUGAAGCAGCGGGCCGGCUUGGGGUUGUGGGACUGUGCGGUUGCCGCGGAGCUAGUGGGCAGGCGGGCGAGCGCGCUCGGCCCGGAAUGCAGGAUACGCGGGCAGCCCGGCGGCGGGCUAGGCCCUAGGACCUGCCGCGCGGGCGCUGAGCUGGCGGGGCGGGCUAGGGCGCGGGCGGCGACAGCGGCUCCUCCUUCGGUUGCAGGCUUAAUAACUAAUAUUUAUAUAAGACAGAAGAGAAAGAUGUCAUUCCGUAAAGUAAACAUCAUCAUCUUGGUCCUGGCUGUUGCUUUCUUCUUACUGGUUUUGCACCAUAACUUCCUCGGCCUGAGCAGUUUGCUAAGGAAUGAGGUUUCAGAUUCAGGAAUUGUGGGCCUUCAGCCCAUGGGCUUUGCCCCAAAUGCUCCCCAACAUGCAGUAGACAGGAGGCAAGAGGACAUUCCUGUGGUCAUUGCUGCAUCUGAAGACAGGCUCGGGGGGGCCAUUGCAGCCAUUAACAGCAUUCAGCACAACACACGCUCCAGUGUGAUUUUCUACCUUGUUACGCUCAACAAUACAGUAGACCAUCUCCGGUCUUGGCUCAACAGUGGUUCCCUGAAAAGCAUCAGGUAUAAAAUUGUGAAUUUUGACACUAAACUUUUGGAAGGGAAAGUAAAGGAGGAUCCUGACCAGGGGGAAUCCAUGAAACCAUUGACCUUUGCGAGGUUCUACUUGCCAAUUCUGGUUCCCAGCGCUAAGAAGGUCAUAUAUAUGGAUGAUGAUGUAAUUGUGCAAGGUGAUAUUCUUGCCCUUUACAAUACACCACUGAAGCCAGGACAUGCAGCUGCAUUUUCAGAAGAUUGUGAUUCAGCCUCUACUAAAGUAGUCAUCCGUGGAGCAGGGAACCAGUACAAUUACAUUGGCUAUCUUGACUAUAAAAAGGAAAGAAUUCGUAAGCUUUCCAUGAAAGCCAGCACCUGCUCGUUUAAUCCUGGCGUUUUUGUUGCAAACCUGACAGAAUGGAAGCAACAGAAUAUAACCAACCAGCUGGAAAAAUGGAUGAAACUCAAUGUAGAAGAGGGACUAUACAGCAGAACACUGGCUGGCAGCAUCACGACACCUCCUCUGCUUAUUGUAUUUUAUCAACAGCACUCCACCAUUGACCCUAUGUGGAAUGUCCGCCACCUUGGUUCCAGUGCUGGAAAACGAUAUUCACCCCAGUUUGUAAAGGCUGCCAAGUUACUUCAUUGGAAUGGACACUUUAAGCCAUGGGGAAGAACUGCUUCAUAUACUGAUGUUUGGGAAAAAUGGUACAUUCCAGAUCCAACAGGCAAAUUCAGCCUAAUUCGAAGACAUACGGAAAUUUCAAACAUAAAGUAAAAUAGAACUUAAACUAUAAGCAUUUCUCAGGAAGUCGUGGAAGACGUAUGUGUGGGAAGUAACAGCUGCUGGGCUUUAAUGCCCAUCUGUAGCAACCAUGGAAAAAAGAUAAAUGCUCCGUCUGGCAGUCAGCUUCCCAAAUAGACUAUAAAUAUGUUUCCAUCUACCUUACCAACCAAGUGUUUUCUUACUGUAAUGCUGAACAACUGAAGAAUGGACUGAGAAAGCUGAUAUAGUUAGCUCAGCCAGCUGGUACAGGUAGUUUCAAACUGCUGUCUGGUUAUUUUAUGACUCAUGGCCUGAUCUGUAAAUAAAACCUACAUUUUUUAGUAGGCAUCUGAUUUUUUGCUUCCAGAUAACUACUUAUACCCACUCACUGUAUAAUAAGAGAUGGGCUGAGUCUUUUAACAGAACUUGGAGACUUUCUGAAUUGUCUGAUGGUUUUAAUGAAUAUAUCAAGAUACAUAUCCACAAAAUUUACACAGCUCACGUCAUACUGUAACAAACUGGCACAUUAUAUAGGUAAAGUCUGUUUAAAACGUGAAGAAAACUCCUUAUAAAAGACAAGGUUCUGCUAUACGUAACCCAUACUGAAAUCAUAAGCAUCAUCCUCUUCAGUUGUUUUAUCCAAGGUAAAAGAUCCUAUAGACUGUUCACCUAUAGUGGAGGAAAAUAAGGUGAGGUAUUAUUAAAAAAAAAAAAAAAAAAAAAAGUAAAAGUGAUUCUACACCAUGCUACUUUCUUGGGUUUUGUAGAAAUAAUUAACCAAUGGCCUAAGCUAAUAAGUCAUUAGUGUCUAAAGAAUUAGUAUCUAAAGAAUCCCUUUGUCCCAGACUUACCUGCUGCAGACUCCUCAGGCAGUGCCUCCUGUGUCUCUUCUGCAGGGGACAUGUCUGAGCUCUUUUCCUAUGGGACAAA